UUCAACUCGAUCUAUAAAGAGCUAAAACACAUAAAGAGCUCAAAUACAUAAAGUGCUCUUCCUCUAAAUAUUCAUUGGAAGAAAAGGCAUCGAGAAAAGUGGUCAUCGUCCUUCCCACACUUGCAGAGCUUGACGAGUUUGAACCUGGGAUGUGCAUGUUUUGACUAAUUUUUUUUUUUGUGUUUAGUGGUACAAAGAAUGGAAGCCGUGACGAAAACCGAGGUUUCUAGUUUGGUGGGGAAGCUUGAGACAGACAUGGAGAUAAAAAAUUCGGCUCAUAAGUUCUAUCACAUGUUCGCCGAAAGACCACACCAUGUCUCCACUGCAUCUCCGGGACACAUUCAAAACUGUGAACUGCAUGAAGGCGAAUGGGGCAAAGUUGGCGCAAUCCUUUUCUGGGACUACAUUCAUGAGGGGGUGGAAAAGGUGGCGAAGGAGAGAAUCGUGGCAUCGGAGCCGGAGAAGAACUUGAUGACGUUAAGUAUCAUAGAAGGUGAUCUGAUGAAAGAAUUCAAAAGCUUUGUGAUAACGUUCCAAGUGACCCCGAAGGAGGGAGGGCCAGGGAGUAUUGUGCACUGGCACAUUGAGUAUGAGAAAAUUAGCGAGGAGAUUGCUCACCCUGAGACUAUUCUCCAAUUCCAUGUCGAUAUGGCCAAAGGAGUCGAUGAGUAUCUCUCGACCGAAGAAGUGGGGAUUGCUCCUCGUGUGGCUUUGUAAGUUUGUGCGUCAAACUGCAGUAAAUCAUGAGCCGUGACUGAACUUGGGUAUAAGAUAUAUAUUCCGAUCGGUGUGUGUUUAUGCAAUAAAUUAUGAGCUGUGCUCCAUUUAUGUAUAAGACAUGUAAUGAAAUCGCUGUACUCUUAAAAUAUGUAUUCUUUUUUAUUAAUAAAACUAUGAAGCAUAUGAUAUAAUA